CCCAUCAAAUCACUACCUCCACCCCAUCCCAUCCGAUUCUUUCUCUCCUACCCUUUUCUUUCUCUCUUCUCAAAGCCAAUUGCCUCGAAACCCCUCGAACACCUUUUGACGCAUUAAGCGUCACUGGUCACCACUCACCACUCACCACUCACUUGUCUUCUUCAACUCCCCUAUCAUUUUUUUUUUCCCGGCAGAGCUUUAUCAGAGUAAAACGACGACGGAGAUGGGUUUUGUUUUUCUGCUCUUUCUCUCCCUCUUUGUCUCCUUUUCCGGCGCGGAGAUGUCGGGGAAGGUCGGGGUAAACUACGGCCAGCUAGGGAACAAUCUGCCGUCGCCGUCACGGUCGGUGGAGCUUAUCAAAUCCCUGAAUGCUAAGCGGGUGAAGAUCUACGAUGCCAACCCGGAUAUCCUCAAAGCCCUCAAGCACACGGACAUUCAAGUCUGCAUUAUGGUCCCCAACCAGCUCAUCGUCAACAUCUCCGGCAACCAAACCCUCGCCGACGACUGGGUCCGAUCCAACGUGGUGCCAUUUUACCCGGAUACCAUGAUCCGGUACCUCCUCGUCGGCAAUGAAAUCAUCAGCUCCUCCGACACCCAAACCUGGGACAACCUCGUCCCUGCAAUGCGCAAAAUCAGUAGUUCCCUGAAAGCCCAUGGCAUCCGCAAGGUCAAAGUCGGGACCCCUUCUGCAAUGGACGUCCUACAAUCAUCAUUUCCACCCUCCAACGGCACUUUCCGGUCGGACGUUUCGGGUCGGGUCAUGAAACCCAUGUUGCAGUUCCUGAACCGGACCAAGUCCUUUUUCUUCCUGGAUGUGUACCCGUAUUUCCCUUGGUCCUCCGACCCGGUCAAUAUCAAACUAGACUACGCUCUGUUGCAGCCCACGAACACCACCUAUACGGACCCGGGUUCGGGUCUUACCUACACCAACCUGUUUGACCAAAUGGUCGACGCUGUGAUUUUCGCUAUGAACCGACUCGGGUACCCGGAUAUCCGGGUCUUUAUUGCCGAAACGGGUUGGCCCAACGGCGGCGAUUAUGACCAGAUUGGCUGCAACAUUUACAACGCUGCCACUUACAAUCGCAACGUGGUCAAGAAGUUCACGUCCAAGCCACCGGUGGGUACGCCGGCCCGGCCGGGUAGGGUCCUGCCGUCGUUCAUUUUCUCGCUGUACAACGAGAAUCAGAAACCGGGCCCGGGCACGGAGCGUCAUUUCGGGUUGUUGUACCCGAACGGGUCGGGUGUGUACGGGAUAGACUUGACCGGAGAAACGCCAGAGUCGGAGUUCAAGCCGUUGCCGGAGCCGACGAACAACGAGCCGUACAAGGGGAAGAUAUGGUGUAUGGUGGCAAAGGGAGCGAAUAGGAGUGCUGUUGGGUCGGCGUUGUCGUACGCAUGCUCGCAGGGGAACAAAACUUGUGACCCGAUCCAACCCGGUGGAAAGUGCCAUAAACCCGAUUCGUUGGUUUGGCACGCGAGCUACGCGUUUAGUUCCUAUUGGUCGCAGUUCAAGAAGGUCGGUGGGACCUGCUCCUUCAAUGGGCUCGCUGCGCAGACAAUAAAGGAUCCAAGUUAUGGAUCCUGCAAGUUUCCAAGUGUGACACUUUGAAGGAGAUAGUGGAUAAUUAUUAGCAAGCUUGAUUAGGGUUUCCCUUUUAAUUAUUUAUUUAUUUAUUUUUCCAGUUGCAGUUAAUUUAGAAGUCAACCACAUUUUCAGGAUUAUAAUGGGCGUCCAAAUCACUCACGAGAUUUUGAUGCUUUUUUUUUUUUUUUUUCUUCAACUUGUUAUGUACUAUGUUUUGGGAUUUUCAUUUAAUAACCCACAAGCCUCCAACGGCUAUUUUUUGCCCCUAGUGGUGUCAUUGGUGGUAAACAGUCGUACCUUCUGAGGACUAAAAUGGCCCAUAUUAAAAUGUUCAUUGCUCUUUAUAA